AGACAGUGACCGCACCUCAACUAGAUAUGAAGAUCGCCUUUCGCUAUGCUGGUCUCAAGCGAUUCGAGUCAGGCGUGCCAGACAGUGUGCCGACAACACGGACGCGUAUUGCUCAGCCUUUGAUCUCACAAGGACACGUUCAGUAAUACAAGCGGAGCAGCAGCGAAUGAGUCACAUCGAUGCGGCAUCACAUAGCCUAGAAGACGUCCUGAGCAGUGUCAAAGAAGCGAGCCUAGCAGCUCAACAGGGACAGUAUGUCCUUCGCGUAGUGCUGCAAUCAUUCAUUGGGCCGCAGUGGAACGAUGUAUCGGCGACACUCAUCAUGAGAUUCCUCAUGGAAUUACGGUCGAUUGUCCGCAAGAGUCCGGUGGUCGUCGUGAUCUCGUCACCCACUCAUCUCAUUGAUGACAAAGCGCUGACGCAGCGAGUGCGGCACUGCUGUGACGGCGUACUCGGACUCGAAAGUUUCAUCGGCAGACCGGAUUUGGCUGCCGCAUUCCCUCGCUAUUCCGGCCUGUUACACGUCACGACGUUGCCUGCAGUGAAUAGUCUGGUACCUUCUUCGACCAAGCUUUCGGUGCUGCGAGGGCUGGCAGCGGGUAGUGCAGCUUCGUCGGGUGCCGGCGGAUUAGACAAUAAUCUCGCUUUCAGACUCAAGAGGAAGCGCUUCGUCAUAGAGACCCUGCAUCUCGACGUCGAAGGAGGUGUCGGUGAGCGACAGAUUCCAAAGGCAGAGGCACAACCGGUCGGCGGAGGCGAGAAGCUCAAAGUCGACGCUGAAGCCAGACCGGUUGCUUCUGCUCUUCGAUCUAAGGAUGCGAAACGAAGUAUACCUCGUGCAGGCGUCAGAUUCCGCGCGACAGAAGAGACGGAGACCCCGCCAGUGGUAGAGGCGGCGCAUCUACAUGAAGAUUGGUAGCAUUACAGAAUGGGAUGUACAACAAAUUGCUUGCUUGUUGGUACAUUGUUGCACAGCACGGACCUUACAAAAAGUAGAGUAGCGAGGCAGGCGCCUUUGCUGGUAUUCCCCGAGAGUCCUGAAGACACGCUGUCAGCUAGCUUGGAGUAAUGAGUUUGAUGAACAUACUUGUGCAGCUGCAUUGAAAUUCUCAUACUUUUGGUUGAGGUCUUCAUCGAGCUGGAGGACAGAGGCAACGUUGCCACACCUGUAUGCAAGUCAGCUGAAUGCUUUGUUAUGUGU